AGAGUACAGGUGCACUGGGACUGAGCCCCGCUGCGCAUGCGCCCCGCUGACAUACAGACAGACAGACAGAGCAGCUAUUGUUAGCCUUCAGGACCGGAGCAGCCAGCAGGUUGUGUCAGAGUUUAUCAGCACUCACCACAACCUACCUGUUGAAUAUUCACACCAGUUAUUCAGCAAGCGAGAGCCACUGUCGAAGAAACACAUCCAGGCUGUGAGGCAGGUGAGGAAGAGGAAAAGUGUUGCCGCGGAAGGAAGGAAGGAAGGAAGGAAGGAAAGAAGGAAGCAAACGCGACCGUUGGGAUUAGAACUCAACAGGUUACUUCAAUGCUCUAACAGAAGCUCGGACUUUAUACUUUCCAACGUCGACAAACAAGCGAAAACUACCACAAACAUGCCGCUGGGACCGUGGAGGAAGAAAAAGCAGUCGACGAAGGAGCAUCUGGUGGACAACGAGGAGGGCGGCGGACACGCAGGUGCCACCGGGAGCUUGUCUAAUAAGUCCUCCGUGAACGGAGCCGGGCUGCCGCCGCCGCCCGCCAACCUGCGGCCCAAACUGGUGUUCCACACGCAGCUGGCUCACGGGAGUCCCACCGGCAGGAUCGAGGGCUUCUCCAACGUCAAGGAGCUUUACGGGAAGAUAGCAGAGGCGUUUAACAUCAGCCCACCUGAGAUCCUGUUCUGCACCCUCAACACCCACAAGAUCGACAUGGACAAGCUGCUAGGGGGACAGAUCGGUCUCGAGGAUUUUAUCUUUGCCCACAUUAGAGGGAUCAAGAAGGAGGUGGAGAUUCAUAAAACUGAAGAUGCCCUUGGCCUCACCAUCACCGACAACGGAGCGGGAUACGCUUUCAUAAAGCGCAUCAAAGAGGGCAGCGUCGUGUACGGGGUGAAGGUGAUCUGUGUGGGCGACCACGUGGAGUGCAUCAACGGACGUAACAUCGUCGGGACGCGGCACUAUGAGGUCGCCCGCAUGCUUAAAGAGCUGCCCAAAGACAAGGCCUUCACCCUAAAACUGGUGGAGCCGAUGAAGGCCUUUGAAAUGCUUGAGCCCAGGUCAAAGGGUGCCAAACCUGCCAGUGACAACAAGAUCGGCACAGGGAGAGGGACUCUGAGACUUCGCUCCAAGGGCCCAGCUACUGUAGAGGAGGAGCCAACAGAAUUUGAGGAGAAGGCAGUAAAGAAAGUGGAUGACCUCCUAGAGAGCUACAUGGGCAUCAGAGACACUGAACUAGCCGCUACGAUGGUCGAGGUCGGCCGUGACAAGAAGAACCCGGAUGAAUUCGCCAUGGCGUUAGACGAGACCCUCGGCGACUUCGCCUUUCCAGAUGAGUUUGUCUUCGACGUCUGGGGGGCCAUCGGAGACGCCAAGCAGGGAAGAUUUUAAGUUUGCUCCUGCCUCCCCGUCCCCAAACACACACAUACACACACACACUCCCUCCUUCCCCAACUCUUAAUAUCCUCAGAAGCAAACUGGACAAACUUCAACCAGCACAAAUGGGGGGGGUGGAUGAAGUGUUCUUGCCACCACUUAGGUGCAACUUUGCACUUGGAUGGAGUGUCUUAGAGCGUCAGUCAGGUCGGUUUGUCAUCUUGUAAAGAUAUCCAUGAGAUGCAGUUUCCAACACUGGACCUCCUGCAUGCUGAAGAGCUGGUGAUUAAUUCCAUUUGUACACCUCCCCCUAGAGACAUGCUGCAUCUUAAAAGCUCCUGCUGCUGUUCUUCAUAGUCCACAGUGGUCUAUUACACUGGUUAUGAAAUGGUAUGUGCACAACUUAAAUCUUAAAACAAUCGCUCAGUUUUAAUCACACUUUAUAGCUGUGUCAAUUUUGAAUAUACAGAUGUAUCACACAGCUUUUUAUAGACUUUUUAUAUGUGAAAAUGUUGCUGAUUUUAUAGCAGCAGCAUUGUGUAAUUAGUGUAAUUAUAGUGAUUGUAGCAAUAUUUCUCUCUCUCUCUCUCGAGCAACCUUUUUUUAUUUCACUCCCGUCUUUUAAAAAAAUGACCUCACAGUGAAGAAAUGUUGACGCUUCGGGCAUGCUCACUUUGUUGAUGUUCGUUUACUUUGUGAUUUUCUUACAACUCCUCUCUGUGCCCUUACACACCUCGACUAGAGCCCUUCGUCGUCCGUCUGUCAAGAGACUGAGCAAUACAUCUUUUAAAUGCCUUUAGCCAAGUUUGACGACACAUUCCUCACGUUGUCUUAGUCUGUUAGAAAAUUGUUAACAUGUCAUGAAAUGAGGCUUAUUUAGAGAUGCACGCUUAUUUUUUUUUUUCCCUUUAAUUUAUUUUAUCAUGAAAAAUCAAAUGCUGCAAGACAUUUUUACACUGAGACAUGGCUCGGUAUGAAAGAGAGUUCUUUCUUAAAUAAGCCAUUUUAUCUGGAAUGGGAUCAAUUGCAAUCCAAUGUCUUAAAUAAAUGCACUCGCAUUGAUGUAACUGCACUAUUUAAAUCACUGUCAAACUGAAUUUAAAUAGUGACUUGAUUAGUGUCAUCUACUGAUGUUAACUGUUGACAGCAGUAGCAUGUUGUUUGACAAACCAUAAGGGAUCACUAUUGUUGGAUAGACAAUAAAAUUUGAUAUACUGUUA